AUGUCUUCGGCUAAAAUUCGCGACUCCGCGCUAAACGCUAUCAAACGCUAUUUGCAAUCUAGCAAAGUGGAUGCUCUGUCGGUAGACACUGAGCUAAUAACUACUUACCUUCAAUUGUUGGAGGAGCAAUGGAUUCGGUUUUGCGUAGCACAACAAGAGGUGGAACUCACAUGUGGUGACGAGAACGUUUCCAUGGAGGAGCAGGCACGCAUAAAAGAUGAAAUUGAUAAUAUCAUAUCAGCCGAGAUACCAGAUCAAACAAUUGAUCAAGAAUUAUUUGAAGUCGUCACAAAACAUAUGAUUCAUGGCCCAUGUGGCGUACUAAAUAUGAAUUCACCAUGCAUGAUUGAUGGCAAAUGCUCAAAGCGUUAUCCCAGAGCAUUGACUUCCGACACAAUAACAGGCAAUGAUGGAUACCCGUUGUAUCGACGACGGUCUACUGAAGAUAACGGUAAAUCAGUAAUGAUGAACAUACGUCAUCAAGAAAUCAUCGUCGAUAACCGCUGGGUUGUGCCAUAUUCACCACUUCUGUCAAAAAUAUUUCAGUCUCACAUUACCCUUGAGUAUUGUAAUUCCGUCAAGUCAAUCAAAUACAUUUGCAAGUAUGUGAAUAAAGGAAGUGAUAUGGCUGUCUUUGAAGUACCUGAUGCUGACAAUAGGAACGAUGAAAUUACUCGAUAUCAAAUGGGCCGAUGCGUUAGCAGCAAUGAAGCAAUUUGGCAAAAUGGUCAACGUGUUUAUUUUACGACUGAAAAUAUACAGCAGAGAGCAGCACAGCCACCAGCGACUACUUUAACUGCUUUUUUUCGACUUUGUGAAACCGAUACAUUUGCCAGAAGUUUGCUAUAUACUGAUGUACCUCAGUAUUACACAUGGAAUACAUCAUCAAAAGAAUUCCAACGACGUAAACAGGGUACAGCAGUUGAUGGUCACCCAGGUAUAUAUUCAACAGAUGCUUUGGGCAGAAUGUAUACGAUUCAUCCCAACAACGCGGAAUGUUUUUAUUUGCGAUUGCUAUUGGUGAACGUUCAAGCACCAAGAUCGUUCGAAGAUUUGAAAAUAGUUGAUGGUCAUUUAUGUGAGACGUAUCGCGAGGCAUGUCACCUACUGCAUUUGUUGGAAAACGAUUCACAUUGGGAAUCGACGCUUCAAGAUGCAUGUGUUUCAUCUUUACCACAACAAAUAAGAAUGCUUUUCUCGAUUAUAAUAUCAACAUGCAUGCCAUCGAAUCCACUGGAAUUAUGGAACAAAUAUCAAGAUUACAUGACGGAAGAUAUUUUGAUUCGGAUGCGUCGUAGGUCAAAUAAUCCAGAUUUGAUGAUUACCUUGGAAAUGUACAAUGAAGCAUUAAUAAUCAUUGAAGAUAUGUGUCUUAAAAUUGCGCAUAAAGCAUUAUCACAGUUAUCUAUGAUUUCACCUGACCGUCCGAUGCAUGAUUUGAUGGAUCAAGAAUUGCAACGUGAACAACAAUUCAAUUGUGACGAAUUGAUUGAAUUUGUGCAAUCAAAUAUUGACAAAUUAAAUGAUCAACAAAACUAUGUAUAUCAAACAAUUUUGCAAGGUGUUUCUGACAACACUGGCGGAUUAUAUUUCUUGGACGCACUUGGUGGAACCGGAAAAACAUUCAUUAUUACAUUGAUUCUGGCAGCUAUUCGAUCACAGAAAAAAAUUGCUUUGGCUCUUGCUUCUUCUGGAAUUGCUGCCAUUUUAUUGGACGGAGGACGAACAGCACACUCUGCAUUAAAAUUGCCAUUGAACAUGCAAGUGAGUGAAACGCCGACAUGCAAUAUUUCAAGAAAUUCUGCAAUGGGAAAAGUCUUGAAGCAAGUAGCGAUUAUUCUGUGGGAUGAAUGUACAAUGGCCAACAAAAAAUCGCUCGAAGCAUUGGAUCGAACUAUGAAAGAUUUACGCGGAAAUCAACAGCUGUUUGGUGGUGCCUUGAUAUUGUUAUCAGGUGAUUUUCGACAAACAUUGCCAGUUCUUCCUCGAUAA